AUGAAGAUCUUGGGCAUAGAGUUUGCUCCCUUGAAUAUCCCCCUAGAAAGACGAUUACAGACAAUAGGAGUUUUACAUCACACUUAUGCAUUCCUUUUCUUUGGCUUCGGGAUGCUGUUUUUGUUUUUGUAUCUGCUACUUUUCACGGAUUACUACUUAAUCCCCCUGGCCUAUUUUGCAUGGUACCUGUACGAUCGACCAGUGAGUCAGCGUGGAGGCAGGAGAUCAGAAUGGGUGCGCAGAUGGCCUUUGUUCAAGUGGGGAGCAGCAUACUUUCCUGUUCAGCUGAUAAAGACACAGGAGAUAGAUCCAUCAAAGAACUAUAUUUUUGCCUGUCAUCCUCAUGGUGUUAUGUGCCAUAGCCAUUUUAUCAACUUUGCCUCUGAAGGGACAGAUUUUAGUGCCAAAUUUGCAGGAAUUAAACCAUAUCUCACUGUGCUAUCAGGACAGUUCAUGUUCCCAGUGUUUCGGGACUACUUUAUCUUAUCAGGUUCCAUCGAAGUUUCACGACCCAGCGUGGAGUGGGUGCUCACGAAAGAAGGUACGGGAAAUGCCGUUUGCAUUAUGAUUGGAGGUGCCCUGGAGGCUCUUGAGGCACGUCCAGGCAGCUUCACCUUGAAAAUCAAAUCUCGGAAGGGAUUCUGCAAGCUAGCACUGAGACAUGGUGCUGGUAUUGUCCCAGUGUUUGCAUUUGGAGAAAAUGACCUCUAUGAACAGAUUCCUAACCCACAGGGGUCACUUGUCAGAAGAUUGCAGAACUUCCUGACUCAUUUAUUUGGGUUUUCUCCAGCACUUUUCCAUGGUAGAGGCAUUUUUAAUUAUACGUUUGGACUUCUGCCUUUUCGUAGGCCAGUCCAUACAGUUGUGGGUGCCCCAUUAGAUGUAAAGAAAGUAGAGGAACCAACAGAUGAUCAAGUCAGUGAUCUCCACGACCAGUAUUGCAAGGCUUUAGUGGAACUGUUUGAGAAGCACAAGUUUCAGUAUGGCUGUAAAGAAUCUGACCAUCUUAAUCUUCAGUAG